AUGCCAGUCGGCCCGGCCCCCGCAGAAUGUUUCAAGCCCGUCUCUUUGACGGGUUUCGACAGCGCGUCUCUCAACAGGAGAACACGCCCAGUUGUUGAGCUUUUCACUCGGCCGAUGCCGCUCUCGCCCCAGGCGACCGGAUCCUCCCUCGAUGUGGAACAUUUCCUCGUGAGGUUCGGAGGACCGGGUGAGCCGCCACUCCCCUCCUACGAAGACUUUCACACCAACUACAUGGCCAAGAACCGUCUUUGCGUCUUCUCAUAUCCGCUUGAACCCGCGUUUACCGAGUGGACGCUUGAGGACGCCGAGUCCGAGGGCGUGCAGGAUGCGGUAGCAGGGCGGCGAGGAACGCGGCGACCGAACUAUGAUCUCUUAGCACGGCGGUACGGGGACAUAGAGGUUCAGCCAGCCGGCACCACCCCAUCAACAUUCCGCCACUUCCUCCAUGGUAUGCAAAACGGCGAGCAAAUCUACCUCCGCGACUGGCAUCUCGUCUCCCAUCUCCGCUCCACCGGAAACCAUCAAAAACCGUACACAACACCCCUCUGGUUCAAAGACGACUGGCUCAACGCAUUCCUCGACAGCGAGAACACGGACCCAGCUUCGCGUAGCGACGACUACCGCUUCGUCUACAUGGGCGCCUCAGGCACAUCCACUUUGUUACACGUCGAUGUCUUCAACAGCUACUCAUGGUCAGCCAACAUCUGCGGGACGAAGAAAUGGACGUUUUUCCCGCCGGAGCAGACUCGGUACCUCACCAACGCGAGGGGGGAGACCAUCACGGAUCUGCGGGAUGUGACACCCGACGAGCAUCCACAGUACUUUGAAAACGCGACACCGGUUGUGAUCCAUCAGCAUGCAGGGGAAUUGAUCUUCGUCCCCUCCAGCUGGUGGCACCAGGUUGAGAACAUCGGGGAGACGAUGUCGAUCAACCAUAAUUGGUGCAAUGCGACCAACUUGCCAAACAUCUUUGAGAACCUGGCAUCGGAUUUGGCGUACAUUCGGGAAGCUAUCGCGGAGCAUAGGGAGCAGAUGGGCGAGAGGGAGUGGGGUGAGCAUUGUCAGUUGAUGUUGAAGGCGAAUAAUGCGGGGUUUGGGUAUCGGAUGCUCGGGCGGUUUUGGAGGUUCCAUGCUCGGCGCUUGCUGGGUUUGAUUGGACGGGGGACUGGCGAUGGAGAGCUGGAUGAGCACGCGAGUGAUACUGAUAGUGCCCCGUGGUUGAAACCCAAGCUCUUGAUCGAGUCGUUGGCGGUGUUGAACGACGUCUGGCAGCUUUGGACAAGGGACGAAUGGGUCCUAUCCAUACUCGAAGACGAGGAUGCUGCACUGUCCGAACACAUGCAAACAAUACUGGCUCCCACCGUCGCUUCUUAG